GAAUGCAAUACGCUAUUGCGCUUCAUCUUCCGGAAUGCGUUGUGGUUGUAUGGUGUCGGAGAGGGUCUGCUGAAUGUAGUUAUAUUGCGGUGGGAUUGCGAUUUGUUUUUUAGACGUCUAUACACAGCAAGAAUCCUUGUGGCUUUAUAUAUGUGAGCGUUUGUGUGCUGGUGUCUCUGUGUCAGUACCGCGGGAUGGCAGCCCCUGGAGCGGAGAGUGAAAACACUGGGGCAUUAGUGAAACACAAGCCUGGAGCAGGAGCUUUAGACAUACAAAGAGAAGUCCCUGAGGCAGCAGAGAGCAGCAGGCCAAAGAAGAAGGUGCUGUGUGAAGAGACGUAUAUACAGAAUCUUCAGAAAAUCAUUCAGAGAGAUUUCUUCCCAGAUGUUGAGAAGUUGCGGGCUCAGAAGGAAUAUUUGGAAGCAGAGGAAUGUGGAGACCUUGAGAAGAUGAGACAGAUUUCCAUUAAGUUUGGCUCCACCUUGGGCAAAUCAGCUCAGGAUACUCCACUGCCUUAUGUAACACCAGCAACCUUUGAAACUCCUGCUGGAGUUCCUGGCACUCCCUCCAUGGCCACUGUCCAAAGAACAGGAGAGGAAGCAGAUGGAGCAAUAACAGAAAAGAAUGUUGACAAGCUUCCUGGUUUGGACAACUUUUUGGCCAGACACACAAGUGAGGAUAAUGCUUCUUUUGAACAGAUAAUGGAAGUUGCUAAAGAGAAGGAGAAGAGCAAACAUGCUUGGCUUUAUGAGGCAGAAGAAGAGUAUAAAGAGAGACUCCAAAAGAACCUGGCUCUGCCUUCAGCUGAGAUGCAAGCCAUAGAGUGUGGGAAGGCUGGUCUGGACACAUGGGAGUACAAAGCCCAAAACUCUCUUAUGUAUUAUCCUGCAGGUGUCCCAGAUAAAGAUAACAUAUUCAAGAAGCCUCGAGAAGUCGUUCAUAGAAACACCAGGCUCCAGAAAGACCCCUUCAGUCAAGCGCUAAGUAAAACACAGCUACAACAGGCAGCAGCUCUUAAUGCACAGUACAAACAAGGAAAGGUUGGUCCUGAUGGAAAGGAGUUGAUACCUCAGGAAUCUCCAAAGGUCAACGGCUUUGGAUUUGUUGCCACACCUUCUCCAGCUCCAGGAGUUAAUGAAUCACCACUUAUGACUUGGGGUGAAGUUGAGAGCACACCCUUUAGGAUCGAUGGAUCAGAAACACCAUACAUGGAGAAAACACCUGGACCAUCUUUUAAGAUAUUGGAGCCAGGUCGAAGGGAACGUCUUGGGCUUAAAAUGGCAACUGAGGCAGCAGCCAAAAACAGAGCAAAGAAGGAAGAAGCAUUAAGAAAAGUAACAGAGAAUUUAGCAAGUUUGACCCCAAAAGGACUAAACCCAUCAAUGUCUCCAGCACUGCAGAGGCUCGUAAACAGGACUUCUAACAAAUAUACAGAUAAAGCUUUAAGAGCUAGCUACACACCAUCCCCUUCACACACAGCAACCCCAGCCUACAAAACUCCUAGAGGCCUUCACACACCUACUGUCACCCCCACAGCGAGGACUGCAUCACAGACUCCUGUUGCUCCAGAUCCUACGUCUAUCACUGAUAACUUACUUCACUUGCCCAAACGGAGGAAGGCAUCGGAUUUCUUCUGAAGGACUACAUCCCUUUCUGAUACUCACAGCUUCUUAUCUAUAUUAUCUAGACUAUGUAGGUCAUUUCCUGAAACUUGCUCUGCCUUUAUAAGAUUAUUUAAAUACAUUUACCAAUUA